AUGCGGCUCCUCUUCUUUCUUGCAAUAUGCAUCGCUACUUCGCUUCAGAUGGCUACAAUACCGGAUAAAUUUUUUGGAAGAUUCACUUUGGAAAAGAGCGAGAAUUUCGACGAAUUUUUAGCAGCUAAAGGAGUAAACUGGAUACUCCGCAAAAUGAUCCAGCUCGCCGGCGUGACCAAAGUCAUCGCUAAAAACCCAGCAGGAGGUUACAAUUACGAAAAUCUUACGUCCAAGAAAAAUACGCUCUAUCAUGGAUGGAAGCUUGGUGAAACUUUUGAAGCCGAUGGUUUGGAUGACAAACGUCAUAAUGUAAGUUUUGAGCGUUUUGACUCUCUGGAAAAAAUGCUCAAAUGCCAAUGUAAAUUUUAUCUUUGCAAAAUAAAAAGUGAUUUUAAAAAAUUUCGAAGAUAUAUCUCCAGUUUAAAAAAUGUUCUGCAACCAAGAUUGUACAGCUGCAUCUUUUUGACUGUUAAGCAGCGCCAUACUUGAUC